GAUUAAGGUUCCUGCCUCAUUUUGUUUUAAUCUCAAGUCUCGAUUGGGCGAUAUAACCGAGUGAUAUCUUCAAGAGACGGAACACUGUUAUCAAAAUCCACGUGGAAAUUCUGGGAAUAUAAACAAACGGUCAACCGCCUUCCCCUCCUUCUCUUCUUCCAAAAAACUUUACAAUCUUUCAACCAGACCUUAGAUCUCCUUUCUAAACCCACAGUCUUUACCAAGCUCUACCUCUAGUGCUUGAUACCUAGAUAUUGUUUAUUUCUUCUUCGUUUCUUUGGACGCACCAUUCACAUCUCACAUCUUGUCGAUUUACCAGAAUCGCAUACCUCGAGUUUUUUCAAUAUCGCCAAGAUGCGUCUGCAAUUUGCCUUGACUAUGCUAUUUGCCUUGAUGGUAACAGCAUCCCCAAUCACUGAGCUUCUCAAUCGCAUCAAGCGCCAAAUCAUCCAAACCUACGAUGUCACCGAAGUCAUCUAUAAUUCCAAUGGGAAGGCAGUUGCAACAACCAUCCUUCAUGUCACCACUACCGUCUACCCUUCCACCACAUUGGCACCAGUCCCAACUGCGACUCCCACAGACUAUGUUUCGACUGCGUUGUAUCACCACAAUAUCCAUCGCGCCAAUCACUCCGUUCCUCUCCUGAAGUGGGACACAAAGCUUGUUGCAUCCGCUCAAGUUCUUGCUGCAACAUGCAAGUGGGGUCACAGCAUGAACAUUAAUGGCGGUGGAUAUGGACAAAACAUUGCUGCAUACGGUUCCACCAAUGCUAAGGCCCUUGGUGCUAACAAGGAGAUGGCUGUCGCUGCUACAGACAUGUGGUACAACGGAGAACAACCCACCUACCUUCCUUCUUACUAUGGUAAGAACAACCCAGAUCUGACCACCUUUGAACAGUGGGGUCAUUUCUCUCAGAUGGUUUGGCUUGGUACCAAUUCUGUUGGUUGCGCAACCCAACUUUGUCAACCGAUGGACAUUUGGCCAAGUAUGCCAGCUUGGUAUACCGUCUGCAAUUAUUCUCCACCAGGAAACAUGGGUGGUCAAUAUGGUGUCAAUGUCUUCCCGCCUCUUCGUCAUCCCUCCGUCAACGUUGUUAAUGCUUAAGCAAUUGAGCAGCGAUGAUCUGCACCUUGAGACAAUUCUCCGACUUUUCAUAAUCGGCAACUCAAUGCAAUCAUUUCGCUAUUCACGAGACCACGACAAACUUUUCUGUGUUUCACGAAGGAGCACUGUUUACGUGUUUACAUGAAUUUACGUCUCCAUUUCCAUUUCCAUUUUCGCUUUUCGCACAAAAGCAAUACCUUGCCUCGUCACCUUUUCGUCGACCUUUUCUGUCUCAAAGAGCUCUUUUCGCCUUUUUGUCUUUUCGUCGCGUCAUUUGGCUCCGGCUCUGAUCUAUUUCUUCAUCGCCUUUAGUGCAAAAGCUUCCAACAAAACAACAUCUGGCAUGUUUCGCUUGUUGCGUUCCAUGUUUGGGUCUCUAGACGUCCAAGUCUCCGCCUAUAUUGUUGCCUACGGAAUUCUCAAAAUACUCGAAGACUUACAUAGAUUAGAUAGAUAGAUUUGAUCCGGUCAUGAUAUCUUAUCUUUCGUCUCUUUUUUUUCUUUCUUUGCUCGUUGCAAUUGGCAUAUACAUCAUAUUGGGGGCUUGUUUCGUUAGGAUUUCGUUUUUGCAGGUACCUUCUUUUCAAGGGUUGAGAGAGGGAUGAUAGGAUAGGAUAGGAUGCGUUAGGUCCACUGGAUGGAUGGUUUUAUGGAUGGAGUUUAUGCUUGCUAUUUGGGGGGAUGCGCAAAAGUUCUAUGGAUGGGAAAUGGGCUCCGCUGAAGCUAUUUUUCUAAUAGUUAAUUGAUUGGGCUUGCUUGCUUUCA